AUUUUGGUCCCAUUUUCCUUUUUUCUUUUUUCAUUAUUUAUUUAGAUCUCUCUCUGUCAAACACUCUCUCUCUCCUAAGCUGAGGAAUAUAAUAUUAUAGUAAAUCCAAUUCCUCCAAUUUUCCAUGAGAAAAACCUUGUGAAGUAGAACAAUUUUCCCUCCUUUUUUUUUUCCCCAAAUUAUUAAUUUAUAUAUGAUUAUAGUUCGGCGGCGGUGAUCGCAGCCGGAAGGAUCAGAAAGCAUGCUGUCGUUGCAGAGCGAUCCGCGGCAGUACAAUCUGAAUCUGCAUCAGCAGCAGCAUCAGCAUCAGCAUCAGCAAAAUGUGGCUAGGGUUCCUUAUAAUUUCGGCACCGAUCAUCUUCGGGAAGAUUCUUCAUUUGCUUUGACCUUCCCGAGUAGUCUCAAGCAAGAGCUUUCUUGUGAAGUUGAUGAAGACAUGCUCUUGAACCAUGCUCAUCAAAAUUACAAAGCUGGCAACUAUAAGCAGGCCCUAGAACAUUGCACGAUUGUAUAUGAGAGGAAUCCACGUCGCACUAAUAACCUUCUUCUGUUGGGUGCAGUUUAUUAUAAGUUACGCGACUUUGAUUCGUGCAUUGCCAAGAAUGAAGAAGCUCUUCGGAUUGAUCCGCAGGUUGCUGAGUGCUAUGGAAACAUGGCAAAUGCUUGGAAGGAGAAAGGCGAAUUUGAUACAGCCAUUCGUUAUUACAUGAUUGCCAUUGAGCUUCGGCCUAAUUUUGCGGAUGCAUGGUCAAACUUAGCUAGUGCUUAUAUGCACAAAGCAAGGCCAUCAGAGGCUGCUCAAUGUUGUCGUCAAGCUCUUACCCUAAAUCCUCGUUUGGUUGAUGCUCACAGUAACCUGGGGAAUUUGAUGAAAGCUCAAGGAUUAAUGAAAGAGGCAUACAAUUGUUAUUUGGACGCACUUGGGAUACAACCCACUUUCGCUAUAGCAUGGUCUAAUCUGGCUGGUCUUUUUAUGGAGCUUGGUGAUCUAAACAGGGCCUUGCAGUAUUACAAGGAAGCUAUCAAGUUUAAGCCAAACUUCUCCGAAGCCUACUUGAAUUUGGGAAAUGUUUACAAGGCCUUGGGAAUGCCACAAGAGGCUAUUUUAUGUAAUCAACGAGCCCUGCAGUCACGACCAGACAGUGCUAUGGCUUUUGGCAACUUGGGCAGUAUAUAUUAUGAACAGAGCAACCUUGAUAUGGCAAUACUUAACUACAAGCGAGCUAUUGCUUGUGAUGCUGGAUCCCUGGAGACAUAUAAUAGCUUGGGUAAUGCAUUGAAAGACGCUGGAAGAGUAGAGGAAGCAAUCCAUUGCUACCGACAAUGCUUGUCUCUUCAACCUAGUCACCCUCAAGCCCUUGUCAAUCUUGGAAAUAUUUAUAUGGAGUGGAACAUGACGAGUGCUGCAGCUCAAUGCUAUAAGGCAACACUAUCUGUUACAACAGGGCUUGCUGCUCCUUUCAAUAAUUUAGCUAUAAUAUACAAACAACAGGGUAAUUAUGGAGACGCAAUAUCUUGCUAUAAUGAGGUCCUCAGAAUCGAUCCAGCAGCAGUUGAUGGCCUUGUGAACCGGGGUAAUACUUACAAAGAAAUCGGGCGAGUUAAUGAAGCAAUUCAAGACUAUCAGCAUGCUAUUGCCAUCCGGCCAACCAUGGCCGAGGCUCAUGCUAAUUUGGCUUCUGCUUACAAGGACAGUGGUCGUGUGGAAGCUGCGAUUAAAAGCUAUAAGCAAGCAUUGACAUUGCGUCCAGAUUUUCCAGAGGCAACUUGUAACCUUCUUCACACUUUGCAGUGUGUCUGCGACUGGGAUGAUCGAGACAAGAUGUUUAUUGAAGUCGAAGCGAUACUUAGGAGACAGAUUAAGAUGUCAGUUAUUCCAAGUGUGCAACCCUUCCAUGCAAUAGCUUAUCCUCUUGACCCCAUGCUUGCACUGGAGAUCAGUUGGAAAUAUGCUGCACACUGUUCAGUUGUAGCAUCCCGUUAUUCACUUCCACCUUUUACCCAUCCUCCACUCUUACCUGUAAGGGGUGGUGGCAGAAAUAGCCGGUUAAGAAUCGGUUAUGUGAGCAGUGACUUCGGUAACCACCCUCUAUCACACCUCAUGGGUUCCGUAUUUGGGAUGCACGAUAGAGAAAAUGUUGAGAUCUUCUGCUAUGCAUUAAGUCCAAAUGAUGGUACUGAAUGGAGGCUGCGUAUCCAAUCAGAAGUGGAGCAUUUUAUCGAUGUGUCAGCUAUGGCUUCUGAUAUGAUUGCAAGGAUGAUUAAUGACGACCAGAUACAGAUUCUUGUCAACCUUAAUGGCUACACUAAGGGGGCAAGGAAUGAAAUAUUUGCCAUGCAGCCUGCUCCAAUUCAGGUUUCUUAUAUGGGAUUUCCUGGUACUACAGGAGCAAGCUACAUACAAUAUUUGGUCACUGAUGAGUUUGUCUCUCCUAUGUGCUACUCAAAUAUAUACUCUGAAAAGAUUGUCCAUCUACCUCAUUGCUAUUUUGUGAAUGACUAUAAACAGAAAAACCUUGAUGUACUGGAUCCAAAAUGCCAACACAGAAGGUCGGAUUAUGGAUUACCCGAGGACAAAUUUAUAUUUGCUUGUUUUAAUCAGCUUUACAAGAUGGACCCUGAGAUUUUUACGACUUGGUGCAAUAUUCUUAAACGUGUUCCAAAUAGUGUCCUUUGGCUUCUCAAAUUUCCAGCUGCAGGCGAGAUGAGGCUGCGAGCGCGUGCUGCCGCGCAGGGUGUUCAACCUGACCGAAUAAUUUUCACGGAUGUUGCAAUGAAACAGGAACACAUCAGACGCAGUGCAUUAGCCAACCUAUUUCUUGAUACGCCACUUUGCAAUGCACAUACAACCGGAACAGAUAUUCUUUGGGCAGGUCUACCUAUGGUUACUCUUCCUCUAGAGAAAAUGGCUACCAGAGUUGCUGGUUCUUUGUGUUUGGCUACGGGACUUGGGGAAGAGAUGAUUGUGCAUAGUAUGAAAGAGUAUGAAGAGAAGGCAGUUUAUUUGGCACUGAAUCCUUCAAAGCUCCGAGACCUUACAAACAGGCUGAAGGCUGUGCGUUUAACUUGCCCUCUUUUUGACACAGCACGAUGGGUGAGGAAUCUGGAGCGUUCGUACUUCAAGAUGUGGAAUAUGCAGUGCGCUGGUCAAAAUCCUCAGCAUUUCAAAGUUGCUGAGAACGACAUGGAAUUUCCUUAUGACCGUUAGAGAUGUAUAGGAAAAGAAACGGGAUUGUAGAUAAAAUCAAAAGAGACUUACUUAUCAGUUUAUCAUUUCAUAGGUCUGACUGAGUUUCGGUAGAUUUGAGACUGCACUACUGUACUUAAUUAUUAAGUUUAAAAUGUUAAGUUAGAUGCAUUCCUCUGAUGAAAUGGACAAGUUGAUUUUCCUAGCUUUGGAUAAAGCAAGGUCAUGGUAUACUAUCAUCUAGAGCUGGACGACACUUUGGUUUUAUCUGAUUCACUUUCGACCCCCUUUUUUGGCCCGGUAAUUUUAAUAUAAAUGGGUCUGUUGGUAGUUG